AUGGAAAACGUACUUGACGACAUCUCUCACCGGAGAUACAACCCCCUUCGGGGCUCCUCUAUCUUGGUCUCCCCUCACCGAACCAAGCGUCCCUGGCAAGGCGCACAGGAAAGUCCCUCCAAGACCACCCUGCCGAACUACGACCCCAAGUGCUACCUCUGCCCCGGAAACGAGCGCGCCCAGGGCGACACCAACCCCAAAUACGACAGCACCUUCGUGUUCGUGAAUGACUACAGUGCCGUGAAGGAAGAACAGGCUCCUUACGAACCCACAAACGAGGAUGAACUCGAAUCGCGCUUCCUCAAGGCCGAGCCUGUGACCGGCAAAUGCUACGUCCUUACAUUCUCAUCCGCGCACAACCUUACCCUAGCCGAUCUCAGCCCACGCGAAAUCAUGCCCGUGAUCAACGCCUGGACAGAAAUCUACACAGCCCACCUCUCACCCACCUCCCCGCUAGCCAAGAACGCUCCCGUAACAACCCUGCAGCCCUCCUCCUCCCAAGCAAGCGCCACAAAACCCAAGGAGCAGUACCGGUACAUGCAGAUCUUUGAAAACAAGGGCGCGGCCAUGGGCUGCUCGAACCCUCACCCGCAUGGCCAGGUCUGGACUACCAGCUCCCUGCCCGAGGAACCAGCCGCAGAAAUGGAACAGCUGCGCAAAUACCGCCAGCAACAUGGCGGCAGCCAUCUGCUGGAAGAUUAUGCGACUCUGGAAAGCCGCAAGCAAGAGCGCGUUGUCUUUGAGAACGAGGCUUUCCUGGUUGUUUGUCCGUGGUGGGCGACAUGGCCGUUUGAGACGAUGAUCGUCAGCCGCACGCACAAGCGCGCGCUGGUUGAUUUGUCCGAAGCCGAUAAAAUGCUGCUUGCUGAGGCUAUUGCGGAAACGACUCGUCGUUAUGACAACCUCUUUGAGACGCACUUCCCUUACAGUAUGGGUAUUCACCAAGCGCCGCUGGAUGGCACCGCGGAGGAAAUCGAGGCCUCGUACUUGCAUCUGCACUUCUACCCGCCUCUGCUGCGGAGUGCUACCGUGCGCAAGUUUUUGGUCGGUUAUGAGCUUAUGGCGGAGCCUCAGCGUGAUAUCACGCCUGAGCAGGCAGCUGCUAAGCUGCGUGCUUGUGGUGGUGAGCUGUACAGGAAGAAGAUUGAUGGUUGA